AUGGAAGUCGUUCCGUCCUCGCGAUCCUCGUCCGGAUCGUCGCAAUCCUCGGCCAGUGAGUGCUCCAAGAGGAACUGCUACGUCUCGCUGAAGCACUACGACUGCCUCCUGGGCGAGCUGCGCUGCCCGGGCUGCGCGCGGCCCAUGCACGCGCCCAUCCUGCUCUGCCAGUCGGGGCACAGCGUGUGCCAAGAGUGCGUGCGCACGCAGAAGUGGUGCCCACUCUGCCGAGAGGACUUCACGGACAUCCGCUCGCUCACACUGGAGGCGAUCUCCGCCAAGGCGUACUUCAGCUGCAAGUACGCCAACCAUGGCUGCUCCGUGCGCCUGCCCUUCGAGCUCAUGAAGUGGCACAAGCCGCGUUGCCAAUUCCAGGCUGGCAGCUGCUUCAUGGGCAGCGUGUGGGGCGGCUGCGGCUGGAGCGGCCGCAAGAUGGACUACAUGCAGCACUGCGCGGACACCCACUCCGAGAGGUUCUUCCGCGGCGCCGAUGCCGAGCUGUCGUGGUCGUGGCCACCGCGGAAGACGCCCAGCGCCAAGGACGUCAUCGCGGUGUACAUGUUCAGCGUCUUCGGCGAGGUGUUCGAUCUCUAUCAGGUGCACAAUCGCACGGCCGCCAUGUGCCUCUGGACGAUGGUGUGCGAGUCGAAGGAGCGCAAGGCCAGCACGGGCUUCGCCUUCCAGAUCGAGCUCUUCUGCCGCCAGGACCCGUCGCGGCUGCUCGUGCAGCGCCACUCGUGCCACAGCGAGCUGGACGAGGAUCUCCUGGACGAGGCGCACUGCGUCUGCAUCGCCAACGGAGAUGUCAUGCGCUUCAUGGGAGACGAUAAGGAAAUUCACUACAGAGUGAAAAUUCUCGACAUGCGAGAAUGCUUGCCAAUGCCAACAUCGGCUGUUUGUCAGUCCUGUCCGCCCAAGAUUCUCCAGAACGGCGAGCCAGAGCCCGUCGAGUGCACAAAUCACAAGUGCGUGCCCAUGUCCAACAUCAUCACGAGAAAGCAGACCAAGAAGAUCACCACUCGCGAGGGAAUUCAGAGUCUCGUUCAGAGCGCCGCGAAGACCUUCUCGAAUGGAUCCAAUGGGAGUGUCUCGAGUCUGGGUCUGGACGCAACGGAAGAGACAAUACUCACGCAACCCAUGAAGAUAAAGGUAGUGAACGGCGCUGCUCCGAUUGACGUCAGCAAUCGCGAUUUGAAGGGGAUCUUCAGCAGGGAAUUCCAGACGUCUGUCAUGUAAUAAAUCUGUGGCGGGUGUGUUUAUUGUGAAAGAUCUACAGCGUGUAAUCUUCCGGAUGGUAGAGCUCACUCAGAAGUCUGUAAACGUACGACGGUGCAUUUCCUCCGCUGGAAGAAAGUGAAUAAAGAUUAAAUCCUCGAAA